GCGUAACUGUAAGCACGCACACACACGCACGCACGAGCAGAGCCGAGCGAGCCGCAAGAGCACCCGACGAGCGCAGCGAAAGAGUUUUUGUUUGUUUGUUAACGUUAACAUUAACAUUAACACCGACACACAAAUAUUACUUGCCGAACAGCUGAGCCACAACGUUGUGUUAAGUCCCCUGGCACUUGUUGUUGUGCUGCUAACGAUUAACGGUCAAUGGUUAACACCCGAGUGUUUGUUUUUGUUUUUUCUGUGACUGUGCCCUCCCCCCCACUGCAUUCCCACAAACAAAAGUGUCGAAAUUAGCAGAUCGUCAAAGCAAUUAGUCCCAAGCACUGACAGCCAAUAAGCCAAGGAGAAGGACCGGAAAGUUACCAAUCACAUCCCUUUACCAUGGAAAAGUCCAACCUAACGGAGAAGAAUCGCAUCCAUGUGUACAAUGACACCACAAAACCCAAAAAGCCAAAGAGGCGCGACAAGAGCGAUUUGGGUCCGGAUUUUGUGGCGCCCGAUGGAGGAUGGGGCUGGGUGGUGUGCCUGGCAGCUGGAUUGAAUAAUUUCUUCCUAUUCCCGGCUCUGCAACAGUAUGGUCUCAUCUACCGCGUGCGUAUGCACUCCCUGGGCUUCGAUGCCAAGCAGACCACGACCAUUGUCAAUGUGGUGAUGGCCAUUUCCUCGCUAGUAGGCAUUGUCAACGGAGCCAUGUUCCGGCGUUUCACCUUCCGCCAGGUGGCCCUGACCGGCACCACACUGGCCUUUAUGGGCAUCUUCCUGUCGGCCUUCUGCACCAACUUUUGGCAGUACAUCAUCUGCCUAUCGGCCAUCUAUGGCAUUGGCCUGGGCUUGUCCAUGGCGGCCACCUCGCUGGCCGUGAACACAUACUUCAAAUUACGCCGGCGUCGGGCCACCGGCUUUUCGUGGACAAUCACGGGACUGGGACCGAUCUUCUUUCCCCAGGUAUCCACCUUCCUGCUGGACUACUAUGGCGCCCAGGGCAGCAUAUUGAUUUACGCCGGCAUUGCCAUGAACGCCGUGCUCUGUGCCCUCACCCUGCAGCCGGUGCUGUGGCAUGUAAAGAAGCCCGAGAAGCCCGCCCUUCAGGCGGCACCCGUGGAGGGCGUAGAGUCAGACAAGGAUCAGCCGGAGCAGCUGAUGGAGGCCAAUGGCAACCUGCUGGCACCCGCCAAUGACCCGUGGAAGGAUUACGAGUGCAAGUAUUGUCAGUACCAGAAGCGUGGCAAGCGCGGCAUCUUCUCCUCGCAGUACCUCUUCAAUGUGGACGACCCCGAGCGUCCGGGUUACGAAAUCACCGAGCCUGGAACUCCGAUGUUGGCCCGGGCCAAUGACGGUUGGUUUGGCUCCAAGCUAUCCCUGACCUCGGAGCAUGCCGGCGGAGCUCGCUACCGGACGCGACAGGCACUGAUGCGUCAGGUCUCGUCCAGGAGUCGCGAGAACCUGGAUCGCUUGGAGGCACCGCGAGACCAGGAGCAGCAUCAGGAUCAGAGCUCCGCCGGGGCGCCCCUCUACAAGCCGAACUACUUUAAUCGGGAACGCGAGGACAUGGAUCGGUAUGCCAGCAAAACGAGCGUCUAUUCGCGUCCCGGCCAGGAGGAGCUUCUGCGCUGCACCUGUGCCGAGGACAAGGCGCUGCUGCAGAAGACCGCCGAGGCGCUGCAGCUGGAGCAGAUGAGCGACCACGAUACUGACGUGGUGGCUCAGGAGGAGGAGGAGGCCAAGCGACGCAUGACCUUCUUUCAGAAGGUGAGCAAGUUCUUUGAUUUGGACCUGCUCAGGGACUUCACCUUCGUCAAUCUGGCGGUGGGCAUGAGCAUCAUGAUGUUCGGGGAGAUGAACUUCUCGGUGCUGACGCCGUUCAUCCUGAAUAGCUUCGGAUAUACGGAUAAACAGAUCUCGCUGGUGAUGUCCCUACUGGCCUGCAUGGACAUCUCGGUGCGUUUCCUGGCGCCACUGGCCCUGGAGAAGGUGAAGCUGGACAACCGGGUGCUGUUUGCCUUUGGCAUCCUCUGCAUUGCCGUGGGUCGCGUGGUGGUGUCGUUUACCAGCUCGUACGAGGUCAUGAUUGGGGUGUUUCUGCUAAUUGGCUUUGGCAAGGGCUUCCGGACCAUCUUCUCGCCGCUGAUCAUACCCAGCUAUGUGCCGCUGAAUCGCUUGCCGGCCGCCUCGGGCCUCCAGUUGAUCUUCAAUACUAUGUUCUCCUUUGCCAUGGGUCCCAUUCUGGGCAUCCUGACGGAGGCCUUUGGCUAUGCAGCCACCAUCCACACCAUCAAUGCUCUGACCUGCCUGGCCCUGCUCCUCUGGCUUACGGAGUCCGUGGUGCGUGGCAUUCUGGGUCGACCCUCCAAGGGCCUGGGUCAGUAGAAGUCUUCCCUCUGUGAACUACAACUUGUGUGCAUAGUAUUACUCGAGGAUACUUAGUAAAGAUACCUAAGAACCUAACUCUUAACUAGCUUGUAGGAUAGCCUAACUUAAUGCGCGUCUAAUUGAUACUCUUGAUACUAGAUACUACGGUAUGUGCUUAGUGAUAAAUUUAGAAAUGUAUUUUAGCUAGAAAAAAAACUGUGUGCGUGUCUGUACAUCAAUGGGGGAGUUAUUUUCAGAAAUAAAUAAUUUAAAGUCAGGUUCAAGUCAAAAGUCUGUUAUGGAACGUAAAGCCAGUACUUAAAGAUUAAACUUAAUCUCGAACUGUAUGAAAGUUGCGUAAAACUAACUUGUUUCCUUUUAAAGGCUUGGCUUUUUUCUUGUGAUUAAUAUUUCCUUAAAAUUCAAACUUUAAGAUACUUUUAAGUAUCUCAAAAGUGCCGAUCAAACCCAUGAAAAUUAGUAAUAUUAUUCAAAAACAGAAAUUAAAAGUAAAGACCAGGAGAAAAAUGUGCAGAAAAUGUUAAUUUCGUAAGUUCAUUUUUUUUUUUGUAGAUUAAGAAAAUUAUUUUAAAAGUAAACAUUGAUUUAAGAAAAUAUAUUUAUAUAAAAAAACGCUUAGUUUUUAUAUAUAUAUAUAAAUAUAAUUAUAUACAAAUGUCUAAUAAAGUGUUGUAAUUGCA